GCGCGGGGAGGUGAGCGCCGCGGCGGGCGGGGGAGCUCACUCCGGGCUGCCAGCGCGGAGCCGCCCUGCCUCGACAUCUCCCUGCGCGGCCGUCAUGUCUCUACCGAGCAGCGUCCCGCGCCUCCUCCGCACGCAAGUGCACUCUGUCCUGAGCAAGUCUGUCCACUCCGUGGCGGUGAUAGGGGCCCCGUUCUCACAGGGACAGAAAAGAAAAGGCGUGGAAUACGGCCCAGCUGCCAUAAGAGAAGCCGGCUUGAUGAAGAGGCUUUCCAAGUUGGGGUGCCGUCUCAAAGACUUUGGAGACUUGAGUUUUACACCGGUCCCCAAAGAUGAUCUCUAUAACAACCUGAUAGUGAAUCCACGCUCAGUGGGCCUUGCCAACCAGGAGCUGGCUGAGGUGGUUGGCAGAGCAGUGUCGAGUGGCUACAGCUGCGUCACAGUGGGAGGAGACCACAGCCUGGCGAUAGGUACCAUUAGUGGCCACGCCCGACACUGCCCAGACCUUUGUGUUGUUUGGGUUGAUGCCCAUGCUGACAUCAAUACACCCCUUACCACUUCAUCAGGAAAUCUCCAUGGACAGUCAGUUUCAUUUCUCCUCAGAGAACUACAGGACAAGGUACCACAACUCCCAGGAUUUUCUUGGAUCAAACCUUGUAUCUCUUCCCCAAGUAUUGUGUAUAUUGGCCUAAGAGAUGUGGACCCUCCUGAGCAUUUUAUUUUAAAGAACUAUGAUAUCCAGUAUUUUUCCAUGAGAGACAUUGAUCGACUUGGUAUCCAGAAGGUCAUGGAACAGACAUUUGAUCUGCUGAUUGGCAAAAGGCAGAGGCCAAUCCAUCUGAGUUUUGAUAUUGAUGCAUUUGACCCUACACUGGCUCCAGCCACAGGAACACCUGUUGUAGGGGGACUGACUUAUCGAGAAGGCAUGUAUAUUACCGAGGAAAUACACAAUACAGGGCUGCUGUCGGCACUGGAUCUUGUUGAAGUCAACCCUCAGCUGGCCACUUCACAGGAAGAGGCGAAGGCUACAGCCAACCUGGCAGUGGAUGUGAUUGCUUCAAGUUUUGGUCAGACAAGGGAAGGAGGACAUGUUGUCUAUGAUCACCUUCCUACUCCCAGUUCACCAGAUGAAUCAGAAAAUGAAGCCCGCGUGAGAAUUUAGGAAACACUGUGCACUAACGUGGUUCACAUUGGGCAUUCCAGAGCCGCGAGACAUUUGAGGGGACUAAACGGCUGUCUGGGUCAACACUGCCUUAAUGAGAACAACUGAGCAUUCUCACAACUGUAAAGGUUCUCCUCUCUAUUUUGGUGACCAAUAACACUACUGUAAAUGUAUCUGGGUUUUUGCAAGUUUACUGGGUAUUAAUAUAUGUUGUACUAUGUAAAUUUCAAGAAGUCAUAAACAGCAUUUAUUACCUUGGUAUAUCACAUUGGUCUUGUUGCUGUUCCUUCACAUUUAAAUAGCUUUCCACCUUUCCUCCCUCCUC